AUGACGGACAGAUACACCAUUCACAGCCAGCUAGAGCAUCUGCAGUCUAAAUACAUUGGUACGGGCCAUGCGGACACCACCAAGUGGGAAUGGCUGGUCAACCAGCACAGGGACUCCUACUGCUCCUACAUGGGCCACUUCGACCUGUUGAACUACUUUGCAGUGGCGGAGAAUGAAAGCAAAGCCAGAGUGCGCUUCAACCUGAUGGAGAAGAUGCUGCAGCCGUGCGGGCCGCCCGUGGACAAACCGGAUGAGUCCUGA